GCAAUGGAGCUUCUCAACGUUUUACCAUUGGACUUUCUUUUCAAACUCUGAGAAACUCGUCGUCGAUUCAACGCGUUGCCCUUUUUCCUUUUCCAUUUCUUUUAGGCGUUUUCGGUCAACUCUGAUUCGCCUUCCGCCAUUUUCCACACUGUUUUUGAUUCGAUUCAUUGGCCUUUAUAGUCCGUUUUGAUUUCAAUUCAUCUGUAUUUUGGCUUCUUUUUUUGGUAGUAAAGAAGAUGGCUUAUCGUGCGCCUUUACCGAAGGUUAGGGCGUUGGUUUUGUCUUCAAAUUCUUCUACUUAUGGAUUCGCUUGUAGGCAGAUUUCGCAGCUCGCGAAAUCAACCAACGGAAACCGGGCAUUUCUUGUGGAUACACUGGCGCUGGUGAGAGGCUUAGAAGCAAAGGACGUGCCAUCAAAGCAAGCCGAGGCUAUAACUGCUGCUAUCACUGAAGUUUUAAACGAUAGCUUGGAAAAUGUGUCCCAUUCCUUUGUUUCAAAAGCAGAAAUGCAAAAGUCUGAGAUGGUUCAAGAAUCUAAUUUGUCGAAGUUUAAAUCUCAAGUGCAAAGUUCACAGGAGCAUCACUUUUCAAUGUUACAACGAGAGACCGAAAAACUUAGAAGUGACAUAGAGAAGAUGCGUAGUGAAUUAAGAUACGAGAUUGAUAAAGUCACUGCUGGACAACGUUUAGAUUUAAAUCUUGAAAAAGGGCGCAUACGAGAUGAACUUGCUGAUCAAAACGCCGAAACCACCAAUCUAACCAAUAAGCUCGAUCGGGAAAUUCAUGCCUUAAGAGCUCAAUUAGAAGCCGCCAAAUAUGAUGUAAUUAAAUACUGCAUAGGUACAGUUGUUUCAAUUUCUGCUGUGGGUCUUGCUGUCAUUCGAAUCUUACUAUAAGAUUUAUUCUCCACUGAAUCAAAAACAUAACUUUUUUAUCUUAUUUUUUUCCCAACAAAAUUCAAAGCAAUAUUCUAUUAUCAGAAUUAGUAUUGUAAUUUUUUUUAUUAAGAUUUAUUUGUUUA